AUGGAGAGCAACUACUUGACCAGCCUCCCAAGACAAUCCAUUAGGAUCAUAGAUGGUUUUCCUGGCAUUGGAAAGCAGUUCUGGCUGCCCCGUGCCUCUGUCCUUCCUUCUGCAUCUUUACAGACCAAGAUCUUUCCUUUGGUAGAAGAAAUUCUGCCAUUGAUUGAGGAUGGCUAUGAAGAUGAGCAAAACUCGACUGACUCCACUACAGGGGUAGAGUGCCCCACCAAUCCCAUUUUUUGCAAUUUGGUUUUCUGUGAUCCUGAAUUCCUGGAAUUCGAAGCUGGUCUGCUAGAGCAUGUUCUUACAGCAAUCUUUAAGAAGAUAGAUAAUAUAGCAGGGAGCAUCAACUUCACCAAUGCGAGGCAAGCGACAUCAGCAACGAAAGAGGAGGCAUACUCUGGCCAUUGGAAAGACAUGCAGAAUGUCAUAGGCUCAUUGAAUGGGCUUAACUUCUCAUUCAAUGAGUUUAGAUCUGCAUGUGUUAAUUUUGGAAACAACACUACUUCUGCUCCUAUAAUCAUGCCCACUGAGAGUGGCUCCAUUGAUUAA